AUGGUUGAUGAAACUUCCAACAACAGAACCUCAACUAUACCUCCUGGUGAUGAACCUACAGCAACAUUAAAUCGACGUCGUUCCAAUCGUUGGUCUACAGAUGGAAUACCUUCAUCAGGAAGUCGCAGAAGAAGUUCCAAUUUCUCAGAAUAUUCGUUGAAUGAGUUCAAUAAGAGUUUGAGAAAUUCGACAGAUGAUAUCUUAUUUCCUAAACCUAGCGAUAUGAAGGAGGAACAUAAUCAUGAUUCUUCACAUUGGGAUUCGGCGCCUUUAGCUUUUGCACUUCUGCCGGCAAUUGGAGGUCUUUUCUUUACAAAUGGAAGUUCGGUCAUCACAGAUGUUAUGCUUCUUGGAUUCGCUGCCAUUCUGCUGAAUUGGUCAGUAAGAGUGCCAUGGGAUUGGUAUCAUUCCGCACAGUCGAUUCGAAUGAAGGAAGAAUAUAAUGAGGAAGUGGCUGGGGAUGAAGCAAGCGGGGAUGAAGGCGUAUUGGACUCUACGAUUGAGAACCAUGAAAGUUUUUUGGACGAGAAGCCGAUCCCGCAAUCACCCAAGACAGGGAGACCUCAGCCUGCACACGAGAUUGCUACGAAUGAACUCUAUAUUCAUGAAAUACUGGCUUUACUGUCCUGUUUCAUAUUUCCAAUAGCUGGGGCCUAUAUAUUGCAUUCAAUUCGGUCACAAUUGAGCCGACCGUCCGAAGGAUUGGUGUCGAACUACAAUUUGACCAUCUUCUUACUAGCUUCGGAAUUAAGACCAAUGGCGCAUCUAGUCAGGCUAUUACGAGCAAGAACGCUGCAUUUACAACGAGUUGUGAAUUCGAAUCCGUACGAUGACUCUACUGGAAAGACGUCGGAGGUCACUCAAGAUUUGGUCCGAAGGUUAGAGGAAUUAGAGACUCGGGCUUUAAACGUAGAACCAUCUACCGGAAGUGUGCCAGAACCGGUCAUGAAUGGGAAACAAUCAGCAAUUCUUACUACAGAGGUUCGUCGCACAAUGCAGCCUGAUUUAGAUGCUCUCAACCGAGCUGUACGUCGUUAUGAAAAACGUGCCACACUUCAGUCAUUCCAAACUGAAAGCCGUCUGCUAGACUUGGAAGCACGAUUGAAUGAUGCUAUUUCCUUGGCGGCAGCGGCAGCGAAUAAUUCUCAAAAACGCGGUGCUUCCGGGAUAGUCUUCGAUUUGAUAUCCUCAGCUGUGACCCUUCCGUUACAAGCCUUCGGUACUAUCGCCAGCCUUCCGUUUAAGACACUUCUCGCAGUGGUCAAUUAUACCAGAUCUUUGCUUGGCGGCCAGAUUCCAAUGGAGAAACCCAAGAGAAAUACGAGUGGGCGAUAUGCGCCUCAUGCAAAGUUGGAAAGUUGGAAUUUGACCAUUACAAUUACGAAGACAGAACCAAUUGAUCAAUUGGAUUAUGCCACUUGCCUCAAUGCAUUGCACGGAAUAACUAACACAGGGCGUUCUCCAAGCCCUUUUGAAACACACGUCGUCAAAAUGACUUUGUCAUUGGUUUCCGAGAGUCGAGUCGUUACACGGGCUAUUGGCGCGUCAGAGUAUCGCGAGUUGAGAAAUGCUGGAAAGACUCCUAUUCCUAAGCCCAAACUCUUGCCGGAAGGUCUCGACAUAGAAAUACCUUCUCGUGAUUGUGGUCGAACAAUUCCUUGUCGUCUAGUAUAUCCAUCUUGGCGCAGGACCACCGAGGAACGAAGAAAGACAAGAGCAGUGGGAUGUCUCAUACAUGGCGGUGGAUGGGUUCUUGGCGAUCAGCAUUCUGCUGAUACCCUACUUCAAUUAUAUGCUAAUGCUGGGGACCUCGCGGUUAUAUCAGUCGGAUACAGACUUGCUCCUGAAUACCCUUUCCCAUGUGGUCCCAAUGAUUGUAUUGACGUAGGAGAAUAUUUGGUGAGGAAUGCGGCAGUAGCUUUUGGUAGCUCAUUAAGGUUCAUUGGGGGGGAGAGUGCUGGUGCUCAUUUAUCCUUACUCGUUGCCUUCCAUCUCCUCAGAAAUCAGCCCGACUUCAAGCUCUCAGGACUGGUUCUUCACUGCGGCAUCUACGAUCUAACCAUGCUCCCUCAAUGUCGAAAUUUCGGUCGACCCCACCUAAUGCUAGAUCACAACCUCAUGCGCAAAUUCGUCAACGCAUUCCUCCCCUGCUUGACCAACGAGCAGAAAAAGAAUCCCCUCAUCUCGCCAUACUACGAAGAUCUGGAAAAAUUUAGAGGCAGAUUACCAAGUGCUCUCUUUACAUGUGGUACUGAAGAUCCGCUACUGGAUGAUUCGGUCGCGAUGGCUACGAAGUGGAUGAUGACGGGUGGAGAGGCGGUUAUUAAGGUUUAUACGGGGGCGCCGCAUGCGUUUAUUGGGUUGAGGGAUUUGUUGAAGGAGGCGAGGGAUGCGCAGGAGGAUACGAAGACUUGGAUUAGGGAUUGUAUGGCGAAAUUGUGA